AUGAACCUUGUUUCUCCUAGAAGGCAUCUAGAUGAUGAUGGGUUGCCACAUGGAUUCUGUACAGUCACCUAUUCAUCGACAGACAGAUUUGAGGGAAACUUUGUGCAUGGAGAAAAGAACGGCCGCGGCAAGUUCUUCUUUUUUGAUGGAAGCACCCUGGAAGGGUACUAUGUUGAUGAUGCCCUGCAAGGCCAGGGAAUCUACACUUACGAGGAUGGAGUGGUCCUUCAUGGCACAUAUGUGGAUGGAGAGCUGAAUGGACCAGCCCAGGAGUACGACAGCGAUGGGCGGCUGAUAUUCAAAGGGCAGUAUAAAGACAACAUUCGCCAUGGAGUUUGUUGGAUUUAUUACCCGGAUGGAGGCAGCCUUGUGGGAGAAGUGAAUGAAGAAGGGGAGAUGACCGGAGAGAAAAUAGCCUAUGUGUACCCUGAUGGAAAGACUGCCUAUUCUGGAAGGUUCAUAGAUGGAGAGAUGAUAGAAGCAAAGCUGGCCACUCUGACAUCUGUGGAGGACGGGAAACCUCAGUUUGAAGUAGUACCAGGCAGCCCAGUAUACAGUUUUGACAAAUCUACUUCAUCCUGCAUUUCUACAAAUGCACUUCUUCCUGAUCCUUACGAGUCAGAGAGGGUGUAUGUUGAUGUCUCUCUAAUUUCCAGUGCUGGAGAAGGAUUAUUUUCGAAAAUAGCAGCGGAAGCCAGUACAGUUAUGUCCUUUUACAACGGAGUGCGAAUUACACACCAGGAGGUAGACAGCAGAGACUGGGCCCUCAAUGGAAAUACAAUAUCCCUGGAUGAGGAAACGGUCAUAGAUGUGCCAGAGCCCUACAACCACGCCGCCAAGUACUGUGCCUCGCUGGGGCAUAAGGCCAACCAUUCUUUCACUCCAAACUGCAUCUAUGACCCGUUUGUUCAUCCUCGUUUUGGGCCUAUCAAGUGUAUCCGUACCAUCAGGGCCGUGGAGAAGGAUGAAGAAUUAACGGUGGCUUACGGAUACGAUCACAACCCCGUCGGGCAGAACGGGCCAGAAGCUCCGGAGUGGUACCAGCUGGAACUGAAAGCUUUCCAGGCUGCCCAGCAAAAGUGAAGCGGGAGGAGCUCCUCCUCCUCCUCCAGUUCAGCAAACUGAAAUAGAAACUUGGAUCUAUGCACUACCUUUCUACUGAAAACUGGACAACCAGGGAUUGUUCAUGCUGUUGCAUCAUAACUUUGCAUUCUGUGUUAAGAGAUAAGUUUCUUGCAUACUAACUAGGUUUGACUGUGUUACUCAUAGCAGAUUUAAAAUUAGCUAGCGUUGCACCAGUCUUAUCUGGAGAAAUUAUUUAAUAUUCUAUACGAGACGUGAUAUUCUUUGGUAGCUUCUGCUUUUGCACCAUAUGCAAAGAUGCCAAAAGACUAGACAGAAAACUAAAAUGGGUAUAUCGUUCACUUUUAGUCGGCAGACUUAGUGUUGCUCUCUAUCUGCCUAGGCAUUAUUGUGCAACUGCAUUUUGCAUAUAUGCCACUUGUGAUGAUAACAGUAAUAUUUUGAUAUUCUCUAAUAGUAGCAUAAUUUUGCCUUUUUAAACCUUUGAUCUGAAUCUUGCAAUAGAGCAGUUUAUUUAUUAGCAUAUAGGAGGCUGGGUUUUAACUCCCCUUUCCUCUUGUCUGAACGUUGUUCUUUCUAAAAAUCCUCUUUUGCAGGAGAAAAUCCUUUCUAACUAGUGGAAAGGCUUGUGUGUGUAUGUGAGAGUGCUGUGUGUUGGUCUCUGUGGCUCUCUAAAUAGUAUAGCAACAUGUCCAAACCUAAUAUUUAUCUAGCCUUUACGGCUGGCUUAUUCUAUUUAAUUUAUGAUUAUGACACGCAAAUGAAGCUGUUCUUUGCAUGAAGAUUUUUCUGAAAGGAGAAAAAAAGAAAAAAAAGAUUCGCUUUUUGAAGGACUUUCAGAAGUUCAUGUUCUGGAAGGCAAGCACAUUACUUGCAUUAGUGUCCAUGAGUUGGUUUGUGUGUUUCACCGGUUAAAGCGGCCAGUUCUCAAGGCAAAAAUUCUAGCCAUGAGAUAUUUGCAUCUGAUGUGAAUUCUCUUGAAGGAGGUGUAUGUAUUUGAGGGCAGGCUGUAGUACUUGGUUAAGGAGAGCUGUAGCUUUUGUACGUGUUCAGUUGGCAAAGAAUAUAGCCUUGUAGCCAUCUUUUAGUAGUACUGGUUUAAGACGCAGUAAAUUAAUAUAGUAUGAGAUAUCAAGGUAAGAUUUUUUUAAAAAAAAAGAUGUGAAAAGAUUGUUUUUGAAAAGACAAACAAUGAAUGUAAAAACAUCACUCACUGCUCAUAUUUAGAAACAGCAGUCAAUCCAUAGCUUUGUUGCAGCCAACAGUUGGGGGCUUGUGAAAAUUCAUCUGCAGGGCUGUGUUCUGGGGUUUUUCAGGGAUAGGGAAAUUGUUGUGCAUUUUUUUUAGAUACUGUACUGGUUCUUGCCUAAUGCUGUAUAAGAGAGAAGUCAUGGAUACAGGAACCCUUCUGGGACUCCAAUGCUCUCUUUUGGGUUUAGCAGCUUGGGAAAAAAAAACUCAAAUGCAUUUGCAACACUUUCUUUAAAUGUUUGUAGUUUUAAAAAAAAUAAAAGUUUGUAUAUAUGUAACAUAAAUGAUUUGGAAAUCAGAGCUACCUUUCUAUUGCAACACGUUUUGGUUGGUUGCUUGAAGGGUUGGAGGUGUCUGGGGAGCUAGACAGGGAGAAUGCGUUGGGUUGGUACCUGCAAGUGGAAGGAUGAGGUUGCUGUUUUGUGCAGUCUGAGAAUCCUUGCUAUGUGGUACCUCUACAAAGUUAAUAAUGACCCCUCUCACUUGGGGCUCCGUUUAGUCUCCGUGACUGAUGACAAACCUUUUCCAGCACCUCAUCAUUUAAGCUUGUACAAGAGCUACUCUGCGCUGGGUGGUGGUGGAGUUGGGAGGACACAAGUAGGCUCAGGGCUUUUGGACAUUCUUCCAGCAGUGAUCUGAAUGUCAGCCUUUGGCACUACCCAUCUCCUCGCCCUGGAGGCUCGGGCCACAGCUCUGCUUCUCCUCCAAGGCAGGUGGCUGGCAGAGGUGACAGCUCAGGGUGCACGGAGACGGGACCGAGCCUCGCAGGUGAGGGGGAGUUGCCAAAGGCUGAUGGGCAGCACGGCUUCAGCAAAUCAACCUCCAAAAAGAAAUACCCGUGUCUUGAUCUUUCCCUGCCUGCCCACAGGUCAUGAUUUCAGCCCAUUACUGUUUCAGCCAUCUGCAGCAACGCGUGCCUCCCUGGUGGUGAGAUGUUGUGUGUGUCCAGUGGAUCCUUCUGCCAGGACCAUGAGGUUUGCAAAGUUGAGGCUUGUGCUUAUGUGCAGGGGAAGAGGAGAGGGGAGAUCUGUGACUGCACCCUGCUGCGAAUGGAUGGUAAUUCCUUCCACAGUCUUGAUAACCUGCUUUGGACUGGUGGCCUCUUUAUGCCUGCUAGAGAAUCGUGCUUAAAAUGUUCUGGUCUCUAGAGCUCCUUUGGCUUCGUUCCUGAUCAAUCUCCGAUGCUUCUGCUAUCUCCUCUUCCUGUGGAGUUGCUUACGUUUUAAUAGAUUUGUCGGUCUUCAGAUUGCCUGAUCUUUGAGAUAAAUACAGAAGGGUGCUCUUUGCACAUCAGUUUUCAAGGUUGAGUCCUAAAAUAGGGAAACGCUAGAGAAAAAAAGAAGGUGCUGAGAUAUCCUCUGUGUGUUCUCAAAAGCUGUUAAACUGGUGACAGUCAAGCAUAUCCUCUUGCUCUUGCUUACACUUGUAGCCUGGUAGUAUGCCACCUCCGUGGCCAUUGUCUCCAUUAGCUCUACUGUCCUUUCUCUCUCUGCUCCGUUAAAAUCUACUGGUCCUCCUAUAGAUCCCUUCUUCAGUGACCAACCUUCUAUAAAAGUUGUGACGAUAAAGCUGCUUUGGCUUGAUUCAGGACCAAGCCUUUUCGUUCUUCUUUGUUUUCUUUUUCUUUGUGAUCUGUUAGAGUGGAGGUGGUUGGGAUGGGUUUUCCUGCUGGGUAACGAAAGGGCUCAGGGCUCAGUGUGUGUCCUUCAGAGGUUUUUGAGAGGUUAUGCGUUGGCAACCACAGAUUCAAACACAGGUUAGUUACAAAACUCCAAAUAAUGCCUUAACUUGGUCAACGUAUUGCAACUCAGCUUCUGGGGCUCACUCCAUAGCGAGACCAGCUUAGCAAACCCAUUUAUCAGCAGUCACACAAGACCCACACCACAACGUGGUUCUGAUUUGGAGCAGAGGAAGCAGUCGUUAUGCAAAGCAAUCCAUUUGAGGCUGGUGGAUGCAGCUGACUGGUGGUGAAUAUGCAGUUAGUAAAGAAGCUCCACUUCCCAGAGUCUGGCCAAAGACCUGUCCCUUCGGCCCAGAAACUGGAAGAAGAGCUGAUGCCUGUCAGCUGGCUCUCAGAAUACCCGUUGUGACUAAAGAAUGGCAUAAAAGAACCUGGAAUUGCUGCUUUUUUCAGGUACAGAUGGUCUGCCUUUUGUCUGCAGUGCUGCACAUGGUUCCUCUGUGAUGGGAGGGUUGUUACCUGAGCUCCUUUAUGAGAAGGAGCCUAUUUCAGCCUGUGUUAGAGGCUGCUGAUUGUCUCUUUUUAAGAAAAAAAAAAAUCUGAAAAGGAUCUUCCUGCUACGGCAGCACUGUGUUUUGUCACCAAGAAUACAGAAGCUUAGUUUUCUGUGGAGGUGGUUAAUCUUGGAGACAAGAGGGCAUGAGACGUUCCAGCUGAGGGCUACCUGCUGCUGGGUCACUCCUCUGGAUGAGAGGGGGGAAAAGGGUGGUCUCAAGUUGAGUCUCGUGCUAUCAUUUUACUUUUGGGGAUCUAUUAAAAUACCUGAAUUUCCUUCACAAAUCUGAAAAUGCUUUUUUCCUUUUUUUUUUUGGUUUUUUUUGGUUAUUGUGUGGUAGCAAAAGAUACCUUAACCUGCAUGUAACGCACGUUAAGUCUUCACUGUUGAAAAAGUCGAAGGGAAUACCUGGAUGUGGCUCUUCAGCCGUGAGGGCGAGAGCUGUGAUGAUAGCUUUUUGACUUUUUGGCCCAGAUGCAGCUCCUGGGUGACUGGUAGAGGUGUGGAGACCUUUGGGAGGUGGCGUGUUUGGGGAGCGAUGAGGCAGCCCUGCUCCCGAGUGCAGCCUUUUCGGGUGCGGAGCUUUCUUUGGGUGUUGCACACCGUUGGCCAGUGGCUGUGUUGUUGUUUUUUAUUUCUCCUGGGGCUGUUGUAGCACGUUUCUGGUGUGGAAGCGAGAGCACCAUCAGGGAUUUCUCACCCUCGUGCCAGGCACUGGAGGAGCAGAGCAGCCGGAACGAAAAGCGGUGGGAAUCACCACUUUUCCGUUUCCUUCCCAAUUGGCUGCCCUUGUCCUUCGGUGGAAACUUGGGUUGCACUAGGAGGCGUAUGGUGUCUCUUCUGUCACAGAGACCUCUUGUGAUUCCUAUCCUUUCUCUCAAUCUGCUAGUCUUUUUAGAAGAUGCUGCUGUUGCGGUGAGGUAGCGAGUCGUACAGAGCUGGUUAUCUGCUGCUUUGUUUUCCUCCGGCACGGCGGAAUCGCUGGAGCUGUGGGUGCCUGAGGAAUUCACCUCCAAGCACUUAAAAAUGAACAAAAAAAAAAAAAACCCACCCCGAUUGCUUUGAAAACAAAUGUUGUUGAAGUGUCUCCUUAUAUGCUGGGGUGCUGCGUUAGACGCCUCUUCCUCACUUCCACCUCGCUGUGGGAUGCUGAGAGCAUCUGGGGGGAGGAAGGCUGGUCCUCCUGUGGGUGUAGGUGGGCUUCGUGCUCACCUGAGCCCCGGGGAGAACUUGUUCCUUUUGCUUUGUGUACUGGAAACAUGAGAACUAUAUUUUUGGACAAAGCGUUUCUAAGCGGUCUUAUAAGGGAUUUUUUUUUUAAAAAAAAAAAAAGGUGCAAGAUUGAGUGCAUGUUUACUUGCCCCAGAUCAAAGGUUUUGAACACUAAGGUCACUAUCUGUUGAAUGGACCCUCUUCUUGGCGCUCUUCUGUCUUCAGGCAAUUGAAGCUCCUGCCCUCUUUCUCUACCAAUUUUACUGUAACUACUUCUUCUUUUUUUCAUUUUUUCCAGGAGAAAUAUAUAUAAACAAGAAAAUCUAAGCAAUUAAAUGUUCAAGCCAUAAAAAUCAUGAGUGUGGGAAGACCCUCUUCACGAGUUUUAACAUAUUUGUAUGUAAAACGAUGUUUGUAUGAAAUAUUUUCAUGGUAGAAUGAAUAUUUAAAAAAAAAAAAGUGUUCCAGUGAGAUCUAAACCAAAUUUAAAAGGAUGACUUUUUGUAAGAUGCAAGUGUAAUUGAUUACCAAUAAGUAGAUCUUUUUUUUUUUUUUUUUUUAAAGGGAGAUGCAACAAAUUCUCUUUACAAAUACGAAUGGUCAUUUCUGCUAUUUGGGAAAGUAUUUAUGCAGCACUACACACGGCUGUCAUAAAUAACUGCAAUAGCAAGGCCAGUCACAUCUUCAGGACAUACCUCUCAGCUUGUCCCUCCGUGAUAUUGUACAAACGGACCCAUCCCUCCUUUCUGCUGAUUUCCUCCCUAGAAAACCUUUCCUACUGUACCUGUACGGAGUUUAACUCUUUGAGCUAAGAUCCAGACUAAAAUUGUGUAUUACCUAACAGUUUCUGCUGGGCCUUCUGCUAUUUUACUACUCUUUAGCCCAUAAUUACUGGGUGUCUCUGUUCUGAGGAACUAAGUGCUAAAGAAUAAUCCUUGGGGUAAGCUUACACGCGUGUUAACAGUUAACCCCGGAGUAUUUAACUUGUAUACAGUACUUGAUAGGUGUUUUAUGACAUUUGUACUCGAACUAUGAGCCUUACUGAACAUCUGUAGGUUUAUUCAUGACUUUUAAAAAAAAAAAAAUGGAUAACUCUAAGAAAGAUGUUUACAUGAAUGAUGAUUGCCCUUCCUUUGAUGUUAUGAAUGAGGUUUUUAUAGUGUGUUUGGGUGUAUGUGCAAGGAAGUAAGAAAAAAAAAAUGUUUCUGGGGAAAAAUAGACUUGACAAACAUUUGUAAUAAGUGAAUUUUAAAGAUUGCUUUAAUUGCGCUAUGAAGGCAAUGCAGAUAUUAAAAUAUUCAACAGAA